CCUAACGCCGCCGCGGUAGGCGUGGCCCCGCCGCGCCUGCGCAGUGCGCGGUGACCCUGGGGGCGGCCGGGAAAGAUGGCGGCGGCAGCCGGGCUCGUCUUGAAGGUGCGGCAGCUGAGCACGACGGCGGCGAGACCCGUGACCAAGCUGGUCAAGCCGCCCAUCCAGGUGUACGGGCUGGAAGGGCGCUAUGCCACCGCCCUCUACUCGGCAGCCAGCAAGCAGAAGAAGCUGGAGCAGGUGGAGAAGGAGCUGAGCCGGGUCAGGAGCCUCCUGAAGGACCCCAAGCUGUCUGGCGUGGUGAUGAACCCUCACACCAAGAGCUCAGUGAAGCAAAAAGCCGUGAACGACGCCCUGGCCAGAGAGAAGAUGUCCCCAAUCACCGUCAACCUGAUGAAUCUGCUGGCUGAGAACGGCCGCCUGCGCUACACCCCGGGCAUCGUGUCCGCCUUCGGGAAGAUCAUGAGCGCCGUCCGAGGGGAGGUGGUGUGCACGGUCACCACGGCCCAGCCCUUGGAUGAGGCUAACCUCACUGAACUGAAAACUGCUCUGAAUGGGUUCUUGGCUAAAGGAGAGGUGUUGAAGCUGGAGACUAAGACUGACCCAGCAAUCCUUGGUGGCAUGAUUGUCAACAUUGGGGAGAAGUACGUGGACAUGUCAACAAGGUCCAAGAUCCAGAAACUCACCAAAAUCAUGAGAGAGACUGUCUAGAGAGCUGUCCUGGUGGUUCCCAGGGAAACCUGUCACAUGGAAACAAUAAAAUUCUUCCUUCUU